AUGCCAAUAAAUACAUUAUUUUUCAUGAAAAAGUUUGCAUUAGUAAAAUCAACGAUUACCAAUGAGAACACACAAACAGCUGCUGUUGAUAAUGAGAUUAAUCAAUCUCAAUUGAUGGAAAUUGAUUCUGAAAAUAGAUAUCUUGAUACACCAAUAAAUGAUAUUGAACUUGAACCUUCAUCAAUUAUAUCUGAUUCUUAUCUAAGCUUCAAUGAAAAUGAUAUUUCUUGUUCAAAUCAUGAAUCAUCCAACGUAAUUGUAUCAACAUCUUCAAGCAGUAACGUUUUGCUUCAGAUUAAUGAAAUGACUAGAAAUGAAAGUGAUGAAAAUUCGAAAGAUUCAAGCCAAGUACAACUUAGUGGUAUUCAGAUUCAAUGUGAAACAAUUGUAGCAGAUAAAGAAAGCGAAGAGGAUGAAUCAGAUAAUAAUUUAAUUUCAUCACCAACAUCAACUCAAAAUAUUGCAAGGCUUACUUCAAGUCGUCCAUCAAUUAUGUCAAAAAAUAUUGAGGGUGUAAAGAAUGAUAUUUUACUUGAAGGUUUUGCAGGUAUAAAAAAUCAUAAAAAUAGUGAUUUACAUCGGGCAAGUCGUGAAAGACGAAUUGCUGCUAAAAUCGUGGCAAACAAUGGUAAUAUUAUUGGCCAACUAAACUGUGUAAAUUUAGAAAAUCAAACAAAAAAGUAUUUGAGUAUUCUACUUCAAGUUUUCUGGUUUAUCAUUAAAGAAGAAAUGGCUCUUACGAAGUUUAAACCUUUUAUUGAAUUAUUGAAGAAAGUCGAUUGUCCGGGUAUUGUUGAAUGGUUGAAGCUAUCCAAUAUUAAACAAAGCCAUGAGGCGACAUCUGAAUGGCUUAUAAGUGUCAACAAUUAUAUUAAUCAUCAACAAAUAUCUUCACUUAAACAAACAGCAUUUAUUAAUUUAAUUAUUGAUGAAACUACCGAUAUAACAGUUAAAAAAAUGAUUUACAUUUGUUUACGAUAUGUAGAGAAAAAUACUGGAGUGAUCAAGGAAGAAAUAUUUAAAUUAGGUCCUAUUCGUGAUGCAAGUGUAGGUAUUUUCUAUGUGGUGGAAGAGUUUGUUAAUAAUUUACAGAAACAGGCGGGAAAGGAACUUAUUAUCACUGCUCAAACCUAUGAUGAAGCAGCGUGCAUGCGAUUUCAAGCUCAAGGUCAUAUUAGAAGUCGGUUAUCGGCGUGGGGUUUUUAUAUUUAUUGUCGGUCGCAUUUGCUCAAUCUUGGUGUAAAAGAUGCCAUUGAAUAUUCAUUUUAUGAUGCAUUUGAUACUAUAAAAUCAGCGUUGAUCUAUUUGAGUGAUAGUCCAUAUAGAAUAGAAAUACUCUUUAACAGUCAAAAGGCUACUGGUUCAAGACAUAGUGUACCAAAACCGAGCGAGACAAGGUGGUCCUAUUCAUUUGAAAUUGUGCGUUUUGCUUGUCAACACUAUUCAGCAAUAAUCAUGACUUUUACAAGAAUAUCUCAAUCAAAAGGUGCUGGCUCAUCUAAUGGACGUCGUUAUGUGAUGGAUUUAAUGAAGCCACUAAUUGUAUUCCAAAUACAUCUGUUACGAGAUGUUCUUCGUCCAGCUAUGAAGUUUUUGAGACAAAUUGAAAAACGUGGCUUAUGUUUGGAUGAAUUUGCAGUGGAUGUUGAUGCAGCACGAGAAACAAUAUCACCAGCUAUGAAUAAUUUCGACUUUAUUUCUUAUAGAACAACGUUAAGCAACAUUAAAGAAUAUGCUCCGUUGGUCCAACUAACACCACAUUCAACAAGGUUUCAACAACAAUCUGUUAAUAUGGAUUUUGAUGAAUGCGAAUUAAAAACGAUAGGUGAUGAUUUUGUUCAGAACGUUUUAAAGUCACUAGAUGAUCGUUUCAAUAGUGAAGCAAAACAAAUAAUACAAAAUUUAUGUAUAUUUUCUUCUCCAUCAAACUUUUCAUCUGAAGAGUUAAUUAGUAAUCCAUUAAUACAGAAAUAUACAUCUCCAAUCACAUACAUACACAAGGGUGUUGAUGGAAAAGUAUACGAACGCACAGAUCAGCCGUUACUCAAUAUUAAAUUUCUAAAAGACGAUGUUUACGCUUUCUUAAAAAUUGUUGAAAAUAUCAGUUCAAUUCCAUCAAUCUUAUUGAGACUGGCAAAACUUGGUAGUGAACAAUGUACAGAAUGGUUUCGAUUAUACCAAAUACUAGCGACAUUUGCAGUAGAUUCAAAUGAAGCCGAACGAAUGUUUAGCACAUUACGACGAAUAAAGUCCUGGUUGAGAAACCGAUUAAGUGAUACUACUGUCGAAAUCUUAUUAAAAUUGUCUAACCUUGAUAUACAGCUAACUGAUGAUGGAAUUGAUUUCAUUGUUCAAGAUUUCAUAAAAAAUCCAGGAUGUGCAAAAUCACGAAAUGUAACAUUAUUUUUUGAAUCUGAUGAAUUGAAACAGAAAGAUGAUGAGUUUUGA